AUGAAUCAAUGCAACUUGUACUACAAAUUUGGCAACUUUUCAAAGGUUGCGUUAAUUUGGCUGAAUGACAGACGCGUGUAUCCCUCGCCAAUGACCGUCCAAAAUGAUGUUUUCCGUCAGUUAUACAAAUGUCACGGUGUUGACUUUGACCUUUUAAGAGGUGGCAAAGACAGCCUACUGUUACAGGUGCCGAAGACGCGGUCAACUUUGAGUUUAUUAACUCUAUCUCAAAAUCAACUCGAAAGAAUUAAUAUUAUCUCUGAAUUACGUGAUGGUGAAAAUAUACUUGUUAAUGAUUUAAAAAUAGUUGUAAAGGUUUAUAAAAAUCCAUUAGAAAAGUUAGGCAUACUUACUUCAACAGAGAUAUACCAACUUUUUUAUACCAUUGAAUCAGUUAUACCAAUUUUUGAAAGGUUAAUAACUGAUAUUUCCUUGGAAUUUAAUAAAUCUUUUGGUCUGCCGGUUAUAGGAACGAUCUUAUCUAUCUGGUUAGGUGUCGAUAUGUUAUUGACAGAGUCGUCAUCCAACUAUCUUGAUUUCGGUCAAAAUUGGUAUUCAUUAACAUCUAGAUACAUUCAUUCCGUCUGUGAGAACUAUGUGAAUACAAUGCCGUCUUCAAUUAAAAUUCUCUUGGAUUAUUCAGUUCAUUUAUAUGAAGCUCGGAAAUAUUUUGAUGCUUUACGCCAGCAAAAGCCUGCCUUCACUGACUUUCUUUCACGGUGUUCACAAACGAAUUUCAGUAAACGUUUGGAUUUAUGGCAUUUUUUAGAAUGUCCUAAAACCAGACUGAUUCGAUAUCCCCUGCUACUUGAUCGGUUGAUCAAACUGACACCAACAUCAGAUCCUGAAUUCAGUCAUCUGCUUAUUGUCCGAUCAGCAUUCACUUGUAUUGCUCAAGAAUUAAAUCGUAGAAUUGGUUCAGCUAUGCGUGAUUUAUACUUGGAGCAUAUUGAAUUCAAUUUGGCUUUAGAGUAUAAAGACAUGAUAUGGAAUCAAAAAUCAUUGUUAUUGAAAGGGAAUCUACACGCUGAUAUUGGUGAAGUAACAGUUUUUAUUUUUCCUGAACUUUUGGUUGUAACAACAAGUAUGCGACCUGAAGUACAUAAUAACAAUAAUAAUAAUAACAAUCGACCAACAUCACAUUUCUUCUAUAGUAAUUCUCCACGUCAAAAUAGAAAUUCCAGUGCUACUUCUAUUCCUAAUAACUCUCCAUUUGGAAGUAUCGCUCCACUACCGCUACCGCUAGCACCACCACCACCACCCUAUCAGGUAUCCUUUACUCAACCUAAAUUUGGACAUCAUCGAUGGUCUUUACUUCCAUCGUUGAAAUCACAUCUUCCGCCUGAUUUAGAUAAUGUUCAAACUGCACCAAUCAGGGCAUCUAGUCAACCGUCGAAAUUUACACGAUUGUUCAGACGUUUAUCAUCGAUUAUUGCAUUAUCAUCAUCAACAUCGUCAUCAUCAACAUCACCAUCACCACCGGGGACUGUAUCUACAACAGUUGUACAACCGGAAAUCAUUAAAGAUAUAACACCGACAAGAUUAUCAAAUUUUUUCUCUUCAGAAGAUUAUACAGUAUGCCUUGAACGUUAUCGUAUCUGUUUUCCGCCUUUAAUAUUAAAAGAUUAUAUUUUAGAAGAUAUGAGCGAUGAUGAUAAUCGGUCGAGUAUAUUGAAGUUACCUUUCUCUUUCGAGAAAUCUCGACGUAAUUUAUUCAGAUUAUAUCCAUAUAGUGAAUUUUGCAAACGACGAUCUGUAAAACAUGUCAUAAAAGAAAUAAAUUCACUACAACAUUCAAAUCAACGUCAUUUAUCUACUGUAAAUUGUCAAACAAAACGGCCUACAACUUGGUCAUCUUCAUCAAUGAAUACUGGUAAAACACCACCACCAACAACAACAACAACAACUACAAAUAAUUCUGCUUUUAAGAAAGCUACUCUACUAUUCUCAGCAAAAUAUGUUAAAAUCAAAUCAAAAGAGUACUUAUUUCAAGCAUCUAGUUUAGAGGAUAAAUUAUUUUGGAUAUCCACGCUAUCACCACUUGUUCAUAGUGUUUUAAAAACAAAUCAUACAAAUACUACCUGUCACUUAUGAUUAUUAAUUGUGUUUAUUUUAUUUUUUCUGUUUGUUUGCAUAUUUAUUUGUGAAUGACCUCUUUAUCAACUUUUUUUGUUCACCUUACAGGGUAAGUAAGUAAGUAAGUAAUCUUUUUCUCUUACAUAUAUGAGUCUUCUGUGAUGUGUCCUCGACUUGCUUCUUUUCAACAGUAUCCUCCUCCUCGUCAUCGACAUCAUUUUCUAUCUUCUGCCUUGAAGGUAGUGCAGAAUACAAACUGGCAAAAAGUUGUCUUUAUUUUAUCUAUGUACAUGUAUGUAUAUAUGAUAGAUUUUACUUUUUUUUUACUGUCUACUAUAUACUACUUAUAUACUUAUAAUGAUGUGUGGACAAUGAAAUACAAGUGCAAUUUGUUUAAUAACAACUAAUUUACCAUCUAACUAAUUAGUUAACUUAUGAACUAACUGUGUCUAUCCUCAUGUGUGUUAUGUACUACUCUCAGUAUUGUUUCACUUUUUGGAGUCAUUCAAUCAAUGAAGGGUAUUCAUUCAUUACAGUAAUAAUUAUUCAAUUAAUUAGCAAAUUUUUUUUGUUUUCUUCUUUAUUUUUUGUUUUGUUUUUGUAAUUAUAUCUAAUUUAAUCAUCACUAGUCUUUCAUGUAUAUGUAUGAUUUUUGAAGAGCCAUAUCAGAUAAAUAAUGUGUUGAUUGGUAGUCAUUAUAUACGGAAUAAGUAUCCACUGCUUCUAAUAAGCAGUAUAUGUUAUUACUAUAUAUGUGAUUAUGAUUAUCUAUUGACACUCUUAUUUACUUGUAUUUUUUUUGUUUACCAAUGCAAAUAGUGUUAAAUCAAGGUAUAAUAUCAGAUCUGUAGUUAAUCAGAUCAG